AUGGCUUGUCAGAGGCGGGUACCACGCACCAGGUCCCAGCUGCCCACCUGUUAUUAUGAGGGGUUUCUGGAGAAGCGGUCAUUUAAAGACAAAAUCGGUCGAAACCUAUGGACGUCGUUGUGUGGAAACACCCUCUUCUUCUACAACAACAACAAGGACAGUGACUAUGUGGAAAAGCAGGACCUGUCACAGUUCGUCUCUGUGAAUGAUGACACGGGGUAUGAUCGCAAUCUAGAUGCGGCCAAAUUUCAUCUGCGUUUAUUAAAUGAUGAUCUCUACCUCACGGCUCCGAGUCUGGAAGCACGAGAGCUAUGGAAGGGCUACAUCCAUUCUGUUGUCAAGCUGGCAGUGCCCUCCACCUUCAACCUGCUGCCUGGUCAGAAACGUAUACUAAGCGAAGUUGUAGAAAAAGAGAAAGAAAGAUUGAAGGAAACCGCGGAGAAAAAGAAACCUGCCACCAAAACUGUGGCCACGCCUGCUUGUAACAUCUACGAAACCAUCCUGUCUGAAAUGCCAGGGUGUUACCAUCUGUUGUCUCGUGGUGAUGCUGAGAUCCUUCUAGAAAUGAAUCAAGAGAAAGGAAACCUGCUGCUCAGACCAAGCCAAGACGGCAACUGUUUCGCUGUUACAACUCGUCUAGAACUCAACGGACCAGUUUUCAAACAUUACAAAGUGACUCGGACCUGCGACGGAGGAUUCGCGAUUGCUGUUGAAAGUCCGAUCGCCUGUAACACCCUGGACGAUGUGAUAAACUGUCUGGUGGAGAAAACCGGCGGAGUCCUGAGGCCGCUGGAUCUGGAUCACACGUACGAAGAGGCCAUCGUGUACGUGCAGUCCAAUGAAGAGAGCGGCGAGAAGAGUCUGCAGUGUGCACCCAACAACGCUACACCCCCUAAAGUGCCACCCAAACCAGGGUACAAGCAAUCCAAUGACGAGAGCGGCGAGAAGAGCCUGCAGUAUUCACCCAGCAACCCUACACCCCCUAAAGUGCCACCCAAACCAGCUCAGAAAAAGAAAGACUCAGACUGGGAGGAAAACUUCUACCUGAACUCGGAUGAGGAGGAAUCUUUUGAUGAAGACCCAUUCCUAACACCACCUGUACAACCUCGACGUCCAGGGCGACCUUUGAUCCAUCAGAUCUCUUCACCAGAACUACCGCUUGGACCCGGAGGGGCUCUGCUUCCACCACAUCUACGCCGUCACAGUACGACAGUGGCGCCCGAAACGAAGCCGAAACCUCGCUUUCCAAUACCACUCCAGGAUAACCUAUCUCAGUGUUUAAAUAAAGAGCUAAAAGAGAAGAUGCAGAAGAGAGCUGUUUCAGAGUGACCGCAACUCUGCUCAUCUGGACAGAAAUGAAGGACUGAUGGGAAAAAUGAAGGAGCCUCUCAGUGGGAAUUCGUAAACUUGAGCCAACCAACAAGACUCAAACGUCUGUGCAAUAUGUAAAAAUAUUCCUAAUUCUUAACAUAAUAAGUGUGUGUGUUUAUGUGUGAGUGUGUGUGUGUGUGUGUGCCAGAUUUUUUACUGUGUAUUUUAGGGAUGUAACGAUGCACCACGAGACCUCGAAUUCCACGAUUCAAAUCGAUUUGACGAGUAAGAUAAAUCGAUAUUCACUUUAAACCGCAGAGGGCGCUGGCGCUAUUUACCUCGCCUGGUUGACGUCACUGGCGCCAUAUGCCUGGUUGCCAGAUUUGGGGUUUUUCAGCCAAAUUGGGCUUAAUUUUAAAUUGUUUUGCAUAGUUUGUACCUACCUCAGAAAUAAAAGAGCAUAAAUUAUUUAGAUAAAUAAAAGAUAAGCACAAAUACAGUAUUUUAUUUUAUUUUUUAAGAGAAAUAAUAAAAGGAAACUAAUUUGUUUUUAAUUUCGGUUUAAAAAAUCUGAACCCAGUAUCGUGAAUCGUAUUGCAUCGUGGGUAUAUGUGAGUGUAUCGUUACAUCCCCAGUGUAUUCCAAUCUGCCUGUAAUGUGAACGAACUCUUGUGUGAAGGAAAACAGGUUUUUAUACCCUUCAGUGUGUCUUGGUGUGUGUGUGUGUGUGUGUGUGUUUGUGUGUGUGUGUGUGUGUGUGUGUGUGUGUGUCUGAGGUAUCAAAUAUUAUUAUUAUUUGUUUUUGCUUUAUUUUGUGCUACUUUCAUUGCCUGAA